AUGGCUCUUAUGGAGUCGAAAUCCUCCUCAUACUCUUACGACUCUAUUUCUACGAGGUGUAGCUUGCACUCCUGUUUUGACAGGAUUACAGUCAGUCAAAAAAUAAAUGAAGUACCCUUUGCACAACACAAAAAUCGACCAUUUGGUGUGGAGAUUAAAUCAGAGCCAGUGGCUGGUAUACUGCCACUGGAUCUACUGAAUAUUACACAAUAUCCCCCUGCUGUAUUUCCAUCCCGUUGCAGGAAUAUUACCCAUUGUCGUUCUGUUACAGCAUUCCAUCAGAUCCACUGGCUGUCCAACAAGAUCCCAGAGUCCUGUGUCCUGAUCAUCUUGGGCGUCUUACUGGGCAUCGUCGUCUUCUUCACCGUCGAUGACGGCAACGGAACCUCAUCCUGUAGCUACAACUUCGAGGUUCCUCACUUUACGUCAGACAAGUUCUUCUUCGUUCUGCUUCCUCCCAUCAUCUUAGAGUCUGCCUACUCCCUCCAUGAUCGUGCCUUCUUUGACAACUUAGGCACAGUCCUCGUGUUUGCCGUGAUUGGAACGCUGUUCAAUAUCUUCACCAUAGGUCCAGCUCUGUAUGGCGUUGCACAAGGAGGCCUAAUGGGCGCCAUUGCUAUUGGCUUCACAGAGACCUUAGUAUUUUCCUCCCUCAUCUCGGCCGUGGACCCCGUGGCAGUGUUGGCCAUUUUCCAGGAGCUUGGCGUUAACAAGGAUCUCUAUUUCCUUGUCUUUGGGGAAUCUCUUCUCAAUGACGGCGUCACCAUCGUCGUGUACACCACCUUGACCUCGUUCGUCACCAUGGAGGUCAUCUCGGCAGGUCAAUAUGCCCUCGCCGUCGCCUCCUUCUUCAUCGUGGUGUUUGCGGGAGCGAUCAUCGGCAUUCUGUUCGGAUGCGUGACGGCGCUCAUCACCAAGUACACUGCUGAAGUCAGAGUGGUGGAGCCCCUGGCACUUCUUGGCCUCGCGUACCUCUGCUACCUCACGGCGGAACUCUUUCAUUUCUCAGGAAUCAUCAGUCUCAUCAUGUGUGGACUCUUCCAGGCAAAUUAUGCCUUUCAGAAUAUUUCACAGAAGUCUUACACGUGCGUCAAAUACUUCACUAAGAUGGCCAGUGCCACAAGCGACACCAUUAUCUUCAUGUUCUUGGGAAUGGCCUUGGUGAGCAAGGACCACAUCUGGCACCCUGGCUUUAUCCUGUGGACUAUUGGGUUCUGCUUAAUCUUCAGGUUCAUUGGGGUAGCUCUUUUAACCAUAGUCAUGAAUCAUUAUCGAAUGAAGAAGAUUGGGCUUCAAGAACAAUUCAUCACAGCGUACGGAGGCUUAAGAGGAGCCGUGGCCUUCUCUCUGGCCAACAUGUUAGAUCAAACAGUUGACCCGAGGAGGAUAUUCAUCACUACAACUCUUAUGGUCAUUUUAUUCACGGGUUUCAUACAGGGAAUAUCAAUCAAGCCCCUAGUGAACCUCUUGAGAAUACAGAAGAAACGCUCAGACCAUAAGAAACUGAAUGAAGAAAUCAACGACACUGCCAUGGACCACAUCAUGGCGGGCGUCGAGGAAAUUCUAGGGCAGCACGGAGACUUCUAUCUUCGGGAGCUGAUUAUCCACUACAAUGACAAGUAUCUCAAGAAGUGGUUUGUCAAGCCUUGCAGUGAAUCCAAGCUCACGAGACUCUUCGAGAAAAUUGCAAUUUCAGAACAUUACGCCCAUCUCUACGGCCCAGUGGCAAUGAUAGAAGAUAAAGUGAAGCCAUUGGUGACGAAAUCCGCUGCUUCUAAGAGAAUUCGCACGAUAUCUGUCUCUCCGUCGCAUAAUGAUGAAAUUCUGCUUCAACCCAAUUUAAGCUUAGAAGACGAAGAAGACGAUGAGUUUGAAGAAGAGGAGAACAAGGUUAUCCAACCAGCUGAGCCAGUAGAGCUGAGAAGGAAGCCCACGUACUUACCUAUAAGGAGGAGCCGAGUGGCGUCAGAAUCCAGUGUCACCGAGCCGCAGGUACAGCGGUCUCAUGAUGCACAAACACUACGGAAAGCCUUCAGAAACAACCCCUAUAAUAAGCUCCAUUACAAGUACAACCCAAACCUCGUGGGGGAGGAGGACCAGGAGCUAGCGGAGCAUCUGCAUCGCCGACACCUGAACGCCCGCCGCAUGACGCGCCUCGCAUCCUGUUCCCGUCUUCCUGUAUCCAACAUUGUCGAGUCUUUACGACCUAAAACAGAAAUAAAUUUUGGGCAUCUUGAAGAUGGUGUCGCAGAGCUGGUGCAACGCCAUCAUGAACGUCGGAGCACCAUGUCCUUGCGCAGACGUCCUUAUCCGUUGCAAGCCUGCUUCUCUUCCCCUGAACCUGGAAAUCCCAUGGCUUCACCCACCAUUCUGAGGGAUCUCCGGGAAGCCUCUGAACCCCGGUCUAGCCUUCCUGACAUCAGAGAUCAUGACUCGCACUCUCGCCACAGUGCUUCGGCCUCCAUGAGGGGAGAGCAGCAGCGUUUAUUCCCAGACAGGUCGGAGAGUGAAGGGACAGCAAACCCUGAAGUGACUUACCGGAAUGAAAAGUCGAAUGAAGAAGUUCCUAUGGUUGCUACAUCUACUAACAUGCAACCAUCGAGUCCAAAGAAACCAGAUUCAGAAAAUGAGGAUGUGGUUUGAUGAAUUAUGAAAAAUCUAGAAGCACAAAUAAACAUUGAAAAAAAGAAAUGGGUAACUAGGUCUACUUUUAUAUCACAAAUGGGUUCCCUGUGGCUUUACACAAUGCAUAUGGUACAAGUGAGAGUUUAGCAUGGUUUAUAUUUGCUACUUGAUAGAGGUAGUAACUGAGAGUUGUUUUAACUUACUCUGAAACUGAUGCAAAAUUAGUUAUUUUUUUAGCAUUCUCUUGUAACAUAUUUAUAUCAAUAAUUCAUUCAUGUUAUUAAAUGCCACUGAGGCUGGUGCAUUAAUUAGAUUUCUAAAUUAAUUGAAUGGUAAUAUGACAAUUUCUAUUCUUAUUGUUGAAUAUUAAACACUUUGUAGAUAAUACCAAAUCUAUAUGUUGUUUAAUGCAUAUACCUACAAGUUAUGUACAAUAAAAAAUAUAUUUUCUCUUGAGAAAUGAAUAAACAAUAACAUAAUAUGAAAAGUCCAUAUAUUUUCAUAUGGAUUUAUAGAUA